CUCCUCUCAUCCCUUCCUCCCUCCAAUAUCCUUCUCUUCUAUCUCCAUCCCAUAUUUCACAUUCUCACAUUCACCCAAACCCUCAAAACUCUCUCUCUCUCUUCUCUCUCUCCAAAAAUACUAUAGCUAAGCUCGGCUCCCUCCUCAACCUGAUAAGGCAGUGCCUGUCCAACAAGUUCAGUGCAUCAAGUUUUUCAUAUAUUAUUCCUUCUCUGAUAUGAUAUAAUUGAUGGCACAUGCAAGAAGAUCAUCGGCAACACAAAGAGUACUCGUGCAGCAGCAGCACCACAUACUUGAUGGCCGAUUUAUUAUUAGGAACAUGAGACUGGUAGCUAGAAGGAAAGUCAAGAGCCAUAGAUCACUGGGAUUAAUGGGACUCCAAAGAUCAUCAGCUUCCUACAAACAGAGUGUGCAAUCUAUUCAAAGAACAACGAAAGACGAGAACAAAGGCCGUGAUCUCUCCACAAAGACGAGAACGGCGCCACUCCUGAGUGACCCUAACACAAAUGAUCCUGUAUCUUUGGAUUCAAGUUAUAAUUCUUGGGUGGAGGAACACCCAUCUGCAUUAGACUCAUUUGACAGAAUGAUGAAAACCGCAAAGGGGAAGAGGAUUGUCGUGUUUUUAGAUUACGACGGGACGCUCUCUCCUAUUGUAGAUAAUCCCGACCGUGCCUUAAUGUCUGAAGAGAUGCGCGCAGCACUACGUGGAGUUGCAAAAUAUUUUCCAACAGCAAUAAUUAGCGGUAGGAGCAGAGACAAGGUAACAGAAUUUGUAAAGUUGAGUAAUGUUUAUUAUGCUGGGAGCCAUGGAAUGGACAUAAUGGCCCCGCCAAUUCCAGUUAAGUCCAGUACUGCUGGCAAUCACCAAACCAUAGCCCCUCAUGGAAAGGAGAGUACUGAAGUUCUUUUUCAACCUGCUAAGAAAUUCUUACCUGCAAUUCAAGAGAUAGUCACAAUGUUAGAAGAAAAGACAAAGAAAAUACAAGGUGUCAGGAUAGAGGAUAAUGGCUUCUGCGUCUCUGUACAUUUUCGGCAGGUUCGAGCAGAGGAUUAUGGCAUCUUGGAAGAGAAGGUCAAGUCUGUAGUUGAAAAAUAUCCAGAGUUUCACCUAACUGAAGGCAAAAUGGUUUUGGAAGUAAGACCAUCCAUAGAAUGGAACAAAGGGCAUGCCCUGGAAUACUUACUCGACACUCUAGGGUUUAGCAAUUCCAGUGAUGUCCUCCCACUGUACAUUGGGGACGAUCGAAGUGAUGAAGAUGCUUUUAAGGUCAUUCGAAGUAGAGGACAAGGGUAUCCAAUCAUUGUUUCUUCAACUCCAAAGGAUACGAAAGCUUCAUACUCCUUGCAAGACCCCUCAGAAGUACUAUCAUUCUUGUUAAGAUUAGCAAGGUUGAAGGAAGCAUCUUUUUCGAGCAGAACACUUAAAAAUGGUUCUAGCUAAAUGAAACAGAGAUCGAUCGAGCUGGUGAUUAAGAAGUUGCAGCAAAUCAAGAAUUUUGGUCUUGUACAUCGCAUAUAUAUUAUACGCAAAAGAAGGGUAUAUAUAAUAUAUGUUGAGUUUCCAUUUAUCUUAUGAAUGAGAUUACGUACCACCUAUCGGUCCUAAA